UAUAAUGCAAACGUGAAAUCAAAUUAUCAAAAAUAUAAUAGAAAAGAAUUGUGUGUCUUUCUAUCGUUCUUUUCUAUCGUAUAGAUCUAUAAGUUGAGCUUACAAUUUUGUAUCGAAUCCACCAAUUCAAUCAAAUUCAUCCAACAAGAAUAUCCAAUUAAUUAUAUCCACUUAAAUCCAAUUCAUUUCAUUCAAAUUCAUUUUUUUACGAAAAAAAUACUUGUAUUAAUAACUAACAAGAACCACAAUUUUAUACAAUACUCGUCUAAACCGAGAGCUAAACACGAAAAAGCAGACCAAUCACAACCUACAGGAAACCAAAGAGAGGUCAUUCUCAGCCACUACAUUGGCCACCCUAUUUUUAUGUCUACCUGCAACCAUGAUCUCCAAAUCUCGCCAUUGAUCAAGUAUCCAACGAACCUCCUCAAAGAUGACACCAACAAAGUAGUCCAAUUGAUACCAGCAUGCAGUUUGCCAAUGAUAACCUUAGCAUCUCCCUCGAUCCCGGCCUAUAGCAUUUCCGAACUCACACACCAGGAAAUCGUUGACCAUAGAGGCAAUGACCCCGCAAGUGCCAAAUCCACAAUCCCUUGCUUCGAACAACAUCCCCUUAGCCAUCACCACCGCACCUGAAACACCCUUCAUCAAAUCCAAUUAGAAUGGGGAUUCAUGGAUUGUAAGAAUAUUUGGUAAAUUAAACUUUCGCACCUUUAUUCUUUAGAUUUUUUUUUUUUGUAUUUAGUAUCUAAAUUUGAACUUGUAAAUGUAAAAUAUCAUUGAGUAAUUACAUUUGACACCUAAAUUCUUUUAUUGCAACGUUUUAGUGUCGUGAACUUUUAAAAUGUACAUAUUUUUCGAUGUUUCGAUGUCACUUAGAUUCAGAAUCCAGUCCUCCGAUUGAUCUAUUAAUUCACUAAUCCAUAAAUCUGAUUCAUUGACUACCUUUAGCUACACAAGUACAAAUUACAGUUAAAGGAGAAAAAUGGGAUAAUCACAAAAGAUAUCAAUAGAAAAGAAUAUUGUCUCCUGGAUCCUUCUAUCAGGCAGUAAAUAUAAAUUCUGCCUUAGUCUAGUUAAAACUAUAUACUACUUACUAACACAAUACAGUCCACUCCUGCGAGCGCUCUCUGUGUCCGUUUAUUUAUAUUGCCGGUUCUGAAGAGUAUAGUCAGAGAAACGACAAUAAAAACCUUCUUUUCUUUAACUCGGUAAGUAAGAAUACUACUCCAGAGUCCAGACUAUGAGCACUUGUCCGACUUUCCCCCGCAGUUACUGCCUACUACUGGUAGCAGCUCUAUUAGCGUCGUCGUCGAAAUCCGCCUCCGCCACCGCCGAUCGACGCAGCCUGAUUGCCAAUGGCCUCGGCAUGACUCCUCCCAUGGGAUGGAACAGCUGGAACCAUUUUCACUGCGAUAUCGACGAGAACAUGAUCAAAGCCACUGCGGAUGGCUUGGUCUCGAGUGGACUCGCUAGGCUUGGAUACGUUUAUGUCAACAUUGAUGACUGCUGGGCUGAAAAGACACGAGAUUGCAAGGGUAAUCUAAGGCCAAAGAAAUCAACCUUUCCAUCCGGGAUCAAAGCAGUUGCAGAUUAUGUCCAUAGCAAGGGUCUUAAACUAGGAAUCUACUCAGAUGCUGGGUUUUACACUUGUAGUAAAACUCAACCUGGUUCGCUGGGUUAUGAGAAACAAGACGCUCAAACUUUCGCUUCCUGGGGAAUUGAUUAUUUGAAGUACGAUAACUGCUUCAACGAUGGCUCCAGACCAACCGUUAGAUACCCAGUGAUGACUCGCGCUCUUAUGAAGACUGGACGCCCCAUCUACAUCUCCCUCUGUGAAUGGGGAGACUUGCAUCCAGCUGAAUGGGGGUUCAACGUCGGGAACAGCUGGAGAACAACCAACGACAUCUCCGACACGUGGGAAAGUAUGAUAUCGAAGGCGGACGAGAACGAGGUGUACGCCCACCUGGCCCGGCCAGGUGGAUGGAACGACCCGGACAUGCUGGAAGUCGGCAACGGCGGGAUGACGGAGAACGAGUACGUCGUCCACUUCAGCCUGUGGGCCAUCUCCAAGUCGCCGCUCUUAUUGGGCUUCGACGUCGCCAACGCCACCGCUACGCGGGCCGUGGCCCAUAUAGUGGGGAACGAGGAGGUGAUCAGGAUCAACCAGGAUCCGCUCGGGGUCCAGGCCAAGAAGGUGAGGAUGAUGGGCAGUAGGGAGAUAUGGGCCGGCCCAAUAUCCGGGUAUCGGUUCGUCGUGAUGCUGCUCAAUCGAGCGGAUACCGGCGACGACGACACGGUGACGGCGUACUGGGACGACGUCGGGAUCCCGCCGAAUUCGGUGGUGGAAGUGAGGGACGUUUGGGAGCAUAAGACGUUGGGGAGAGCCGUCGCCGGGAAUAUCUCGGCCACCAUGCCACCUCGCUCUUGCAAGCUCUACAUCUUGAAGCCCGUCGGUUGAAUGACGACGACCUCAAACGUCGUCGAACAGAUAUCGUAUUGUUGUGUGUGGUUGUUCACUCGUUACUAUUAAAUGUCGCGGGCUAUGAGUCUUAAGAGAGAUUGUGGGAUUAUUAGGUCGUAAAUCGUAAUAAUGUAGUCUGAUUGCACGUUUGAAAUAAAACAUAAGCAAAGGUGUUCAUGAUUAAUAAAGCGUUAAGCAAAGGGAUUAUGACAUAAAUAAUGCAUCUAUCUCCUUUUAAGUACAAGCAUUAAGGGUGAUAUACAUGCAUGGCAUAAAAAUAUGAAUGGAUCUAUCUGUCCUUGCAUUCCUUUUCUAGAAAUUAAAGGUGUGGGGAAAUCAUUUGAUGGAAAAUUAGAGAGCAGUAAGAGAAAAAAGGUUCUAUAGAUGGAGUUGCCUUAAGGUGGAAGAGUGGAACAAAUAUUAGUUAAUGGAGAUGGUGACAUAGUUAGGUAUGAAGUCAUUUUUCCCUUUUGGAUGGGUUGAUCAUUGAUGAACAGAAAACAAGUCACUGAACUAGACUAAGGUGGCAAAAUGAGCGUUCUUACAAUACUUUUUCAACAAUUAAGUCUAUGGAGAUAGAGGCAUAGAUGACCGUUUUUGCUAUGAGACAAUCUGGCUACGUACCUUGUUAACAGACAAGUUUGAAAUCCUGUAUUCUAUAAAGACGUUGUGGUAAAGAGUGGAGUGGAUAGUGUAUAUUUAUUAUUCUAAUUAAAGUGAUUUGGGUUUAACCUUGUAUUCAUAUUUCAUCAUACUCAUACUGUCAUACAUGAUCGGUUUUGGGUAUUCAUAUUUAUUAUUCUAAUUAAAGUGAUUUGAGAAUCAAAAUCAUACUCAUACAUUAUCGGUUUUGGGUAUUCAUACUUACACUCACAUUGCAUACUUGUAAAAGUAUAACAAUAAAUCAAUAUUCAAAAGACAAUUAGUUAAGAACAAUACAAUUUCAUGAAAAUAUUACAUAUGUAGAAAAAAUAAUGACCGUGUACAAACAAAAUACAUAGAUAGUGAAAAAAUCAAGUCCACUCAUUACCGGCAAUAUUCGAAUACUGGUUUUACUCAUAUACCCAUUAACGUUCUUCAAAUUCAAAUUUUACCCUAUCCAAUUAGGUCUGACUCGAACAGAUAUCCAUGACGGUGGAUAUUUUUCCAUCCCUAUGUUGGGAGGAAAGAAGAAGACGUGGAUAUUAUGGUGCACUUUGUUUCAAUCGUCAUAUUAUGAUUCUCCAUUCCUCCACUAUCUUCCUCCUCCCACCUUCAUUUGCUUGAGAUCCUCACAUAUUUACUUUGAGGUUUGAGCUCACUUACUGUAAAUUGUAAUAGAUCCCUACCCCAUCCAAGUUGAGCAGUAGCAUGCACAAUCUUCAAUCAUGUUUUAAAAUCAAACCUCACUACUAAGCACAUACGACAAUUUAUUAAUUUUAGUAAUUAGUAUUAACGCAAAACGAACCAUUUUGAGGAUUGCUAAAACAAUCGAUGGAGAUGACUCUUACUGACUCACACGACCAUACAUCAUAUGGAGUAAACAUAUCUGAAGAUG